AUGCAGCUCACCAAGACGAUGGAGAAGCCGACGCACUGGGCUUCCUUUCGAGAUGGCGUCGACCACUUCUGGCUCGAGCUCGAGCACAAGCCAGCGAACGUCGAGGAAAUCAUUACCAGCUUCGGUCCCACUCGCUCGAACAGUGCCAGUGUGAUCAAGACGGUGUCUGCCAUACCUCAGGUGCAGGAAAUCGCGUUCGCGAGCAUCAAGUCCCACAAAAGAGCGAGUGGAGGUCUCCCGUACGACGCAGACAAUACCCCUCAGAAGGAGUACAUCCGCAUGCUCCGCCUCACAAAGCUGACCGUGCUAUUGGAAGCAGACCGGAACGGUCAACAACGCAUUGCAGCGUUGAAGCUCGCCGCGCGCACGCCGUACAUCCGCGGCAGCUUGGUUGUCCUCACCUGCGUGUUGCCCUCUUCACCUUCUCUUCUUUCCCACCGACGACCAGAAGCGGCUCAACAGACCAUCAGAUCGACUGCUUACGGACCUCAAAUCCACCCGUCGUGA